AAAACCACUACUUAUUGUUUAUAAAUAUGUUAAUUAUUACUUAAAAUAUACUUUUUUGAAACAAAACACACUUUGAUUUCCCUGUGGUUUACGGUAUAAGAAAAUGCAUUUGUGUUUUGCAUUUGAAAAUAUAACAAAAAUAUUGCGAGAGGCGGAGAGAUAUAUUGUAUGAAUAUUUGUUGUGUUUAUAAUUAAUAAUAUAAUUAAUAAAUAACAACACGUUUAGCACCAACAUGUUCAUUUACUACAUUUGCAUAUACACUAUACUAUUGGCCGGGCAGUACACCCAGGGCUGCCAACUGGGCAACUGUCCCACACCCGAGUCAAUCACGCCGUGUGUGUGCCGUAAGGACUCCCGCGGCUGUCGACUAAUACAUUGUGACGGCUAUCGAGACAUAAAUCUCAAACAA